AUGGAAACAUCUCUGGAUUUCUUAUCAAGUAUUUUAGAUGAAAUAGCUCUUGAAGGAUUAGAUGGAAUUACUUUGUAUUUUAUGGAGAGGCUUGAAAAUCGCCCUCAUUUCCAAAUUGAAUUGAUGAUGAUUCCAAGAUAUUUUGUGGGAAUGUAUUGCGUUCAUAAAGAUAUUGAAAUAUAUGAGCUUCCAGAGCCACGAGAAUUUUUACCUGUGUACAAUAGAUAUGAUCACUUAGACCCAGAACUUGGAAUUGUCCUGGAGCCAGAAGAAGAUAUUAAAGAUUUGUAUCCAAUAGAAUUUAUAAGUGAUGGUGAAAUUAGAGGAUCUUGUUCCACUUAUGAAUCUAGAAAAUGUAUUACAUCUGAUAUAAGAUAUGAUGAUGUCUUGUUAAUUUCUUUGAAUGAAGCUGUUGAAAAAUGGGAAGAUUCAUUAGUCUUAGUUGCUUCUGCUAAAGCUCGACUAUUGUCACUUAUUGGAACAGAAACAAAUCCUCUUGUUGAUUUGUCGCUGGAAGAAUACUGCUUUCUGGAGCGAAUAGGAAGAUCUCGUUAUCUUGGUGAAGUUACUCAAGGUGUAGGAGGGCUUUUGGCGCUGAAUGCUCGUUUUUGUAAGCAGUUGCAUUAUCAUCGAAAGAAACUCACAAUGAAAGGCUUAGUUACAAAGCAGCUGCAUUAUAUGAGGAAUAGAAAAGGCAUAGCAAUCACUGGCAGUUUGUUUCAUUUAACAAGAUUUUAUGUUCAACGUAAAACAAAAAUGGAGUUCUUAAUGAAAUGUAUGUGUGAUCUUUUAAAAAGCAAACCUGGAAAUCGAGAAGUAUGUAAAAUAUUAAGACAAGAACUUGGGGUGAAGGAGGGUACAUUUAAAAAAUUAUUUUAUCGAGCCUUUCAGAAAUGUGUCAAAAUUGUUCAUCUUCCAUACAGAGAAUUUUAUCCAAAUGCAACUCAGAAAGAAAGCUUUACAGUUGCAGGGCAGGAACGGAUAGUAAAGGUUGUUCAGCUUUUAAGACAUUGUGAUGACGAGGAAAAGGAUGAUGAUGAAGAAGAAGAUCUGAAUGGCAGAGAACCUGUUUUGAAACAGAAUGUUUAUUUUGACUGUUCAAAACUGUACCAUAAUAUACCAUUAGUUUCUCAAAUGUAUUUUUUGAUAAAAAGAGCUGGUCCAGAAGGUAUCAGUGCAGGAGAUUUGGGCAGAGCUUUGACUCUACCAAGACUGGAUAUUCGUUCACUAUUAAAGGUAUUAAAGAAGAAAAAUUAUGUUGUAGAUAUUCUUCAAGACAGAGGGAGACAAAAAGAGAGAAAAUAUAUUUCAAAGAUCUUUGAAAUGCAGAAUGAAGCUUAUUCUAAAGUUAAAGAACAAGAAGAACAAUUUACUAAAGAAUCUUUAUAUAAUAUGCCUAAAAGAAAUCUAAACUCUGCUAAACGAAAACAAAAUGAAAGUGCAGAUGAACAUUUUCAGCAUAAAAAAGUGAGAUUUAAUGAUAAUAUUCAGGAAGUUAAUUAUGAGGGAGAUAAAGAAAAGACUGAUUUUAUUACAGAAGUCUCUGAACAAUCAAAUUUUUCAAAUAUUGAAGCUGAAAUACAUGAAAUUCAUAAUGCGGUUUUUACUGGUAAAAGUCCUAAACUGAUGAGCUUCUCAGAGAAACAGCCUCUAAAAUCACCAUUUAAUACAUCGACACAAAUGACCUAUCGUAAACUUAAAAGAACAAACAUAAUUCUGGAUUACAUAAAAUCUGUUCGUUUAUCCACCAUAUCAGAUUUACAAAAAUUUGUAAUGGAAAAGGAAAAAGAAGAAAAGUAUGAUUUUAGAGUCGAUAAAAAAUCAACUGCACGACUUGUAUACAACUUAAAUAACCUGCAGAAACUUAAAAUUUUUAAAGCUGUCCUAAAAUUAGGGAAUAAAAAAACAGAAAUAGAAUUAAUCUGCGACAUUUCUGUAGAACCAAAUGAUCCUUGUAUACAAGGUGCUAUUGAGCAAGCAAAGUUUAAGUAUUUUAGUGUAUCAAAAGAUAAAGCUAGAAAAAUUGAACACAAGCAAGAGCUAUCUGAACCAUCUUUGCUAACUGAAAAUAAUGUUUCUGAAAAACCAGUAAAGAAAACUAGUCAUCAGCCAUCAACUGAUAAGUAUUUUUAUAACAUACAACCAAAAUUUGUGCGCAUCAGAACACUACACCAGUUUCUUUUUUAUCUUGUUCGAGAGUAUGAAGGAAAUUCAUCUGAUAGCAAAGAAGAACCCAUUGUGUACCAUGAAAGCUUGAGUUGGAAAAGAUUUAUUCCACCUCUCCCAAAUAAUGCAAAAGAGGGUUGGUGCUUCUUAGCUGACAUCUAUUCUCGUAUGCCACUCUCUGUUUUUGUGAAAAUUGUCAAUAUAAGACAUAAAAUAUCCAAUUUGAAUGAAUAUUUAGAACAUGAAGAAAAAGCACACUAUCUUCUUAAACAUUUAUCACAAGACAUGCGUAAUGAUUUGCUUAACAAUCGCAAAUAUUUAUUUUCUACUAAUGAUGUUAUAAGAGGUUUAACUAACAUGGGCUUAGUAUCUAUAGGUCCUCAAGUAGCAAAGGAAAAGGAUCAGGUGUACCUCUACAUACAUAAAAAUGCUAGUUUAAAAGAUACUACUGUAUCUACACCAGGCUAUAUUCAUAUAAAUAAAGAUUUAAAUUAUGAAAUUAAAUCUUACACUUUAAAUUCUCUGAGUGAUGUUGAAAAUUUCUGGUUUGAUUUAGAGAGUAUCAGCUUUCAUACACCUUUAGGAAAAUACAGUGCUGUUGCUGGAAAAACUAUUGCCAUUUCUGAUGCAACUCACAAACCUGAAUUAUUAGAAACAUUAAAAAAUAAAAAUUUUGAUGAUAUUUGUGAUGUAGGGGAUAUUCCUGGUGAUGGAUUAGGAGCUGCUGGUUAUGACAGUGCUUUAUUUUUACAUGCAAGGCGUAAUUGGCAGUCAACUAACCAUUCAAAAGUGGCUGAAAAGCAGCAGAAAAAUUCUGAGAAUAGUCCCAUUUCUUCCUAUUCUAUUCAGCUUUUGCUGAAAAAUAAAGAAACUCUUGCUCCUGAAAAUCGUGGUAGAUUACAGAGGUUUACAAAAAAUAAAUUCACAUUACCAAAAGAUUCUAAAGCAAAGAAAGAAAAGCAAAGUACUGUUAAGAAAAGUAAAGCCGAUGUACCUCUUGUAGAUUCAAAGAAACGCAAAAGAAUUAAAUACAGAACUGUUAGGUUGCGAAAGCCGAAGGAACGCACACCAUAUUAUGAUGAAAAGGAUAAAGCAGCUCUUCAAAAAAUGUCGAAAGCUCGUUGUGAAUGGUCUGCACAAGAAGAUAGUUUUCUUUUGCUGUGUAAAGUUGCAUCAACUUUUCUGGAUUCAACAUCUAGAGCCUUAGUUGUUCCUUAUACUGUGGUGCGUGAUUUGCUUCAUAAACAUUUACCAGAAUUGUCUGCUAACAAAAGCUCUCGUGCUUGUCAAAGAAGGUUAAGAUACAUGCUUUUAAAUCCUACUACCACCAAUAAUGUGUCUGUAUUCUUGGGAGAAGCUAGGCAAGAUAUAGAGUUGGUGAAAGAAUUUGACAAACCCAAACCACUGAAAACACAAGAAAAGGCAUGGGCUGAAUUGUUUACUGCUGUUUUAAAUAAAUUACAGAAAAAAUUCAUUUUACCUGCAUCAGAUAGAUGUAAAAAUAUAAUUCUUCCAAAUAGCAUGGAUAAAUUCAAUGAAAGAUUUGAGAUUACUUCAUCUCGACAUGUUUUUAUGAGAAAAAACCAUCAUAAAGUGCCAACUAAUGCAGAAGAAAUAAAGUAUUUUACUCUUUACUCACUUAUUGUUUCAGCUAUGGCUAUAAGAGAGGAUGAUAGGUGGUCUUAUUUACUGCGCAGAUUAUAUGGUGCAUAUCCAGAAAAUGUUUUGAGAUCUGUAGUAGCUCGUCUUCGGGGUGAAAAAGUAAUAGCUAUCAAGAAAAAAUCUUUCAGAAAAGAUUUACAACGUUCCCUAAGAUCUACUUUCCCAUACCGAUUUUCUGUUACAUAUGAAAAUACUUUAAUAACGAAAUUUCCUGGAAGACUUUUUGGUGAAUCAAAAGAAUUGUUAAAUCAUUUAGAAGAUAUGAGUAUAGGGUCAAGUUUUGAAUUGAAAGGAGAUAUAGCUCCUGGAUAUACUGCUGCAAUCCUUUCUCUCAAUUUCAUGCAACAGUUGUCACUUUAUACUGAGAUACCAGACCAAAUAAUUCUGUUUGAUAUGUCUCUGAGUAAAGAAGCUCGUACCAACAUUGUAGAACGUAUGAUUCAGUCACUGAGUGAUAAAGAAUCAGUUGAAUUAUCAAGACUACUAAACAGCAAAAAUGAUGACCAUAAUAGUGAAGAAAUUUCAAUGAAUAAUUCUAAGAUAGUGAAGAAUCCUGAAGACCUAGGAAAUUCAUGUCAUUUAAGUGAAGGUGUGUCAUUUGAACAAAAAUCAAGCAACAGCUUCCAUAUUAAUGAGGGACAGCGUUCUACUAAUGUAUCAAGGUUUGCCUUAUAUUUAUUGAGACAAGAAUUAUCACAGCCUCCAAUUGAAAGAGUUCAACAUUCUCAAGAUUAUAUAGUUCUAAACUCAUGCCGUUUAUUUUGCACUUUGCAGCCAUCUAAACCAUCUGUUGUUCUCUUGAAUCCUCCUGAAAUUGCUCAAAACCAUUCUAUUCUGGAAAAUGUAACCUCUUCACAGUUUAUGACUACUGAUAACAUGAUGUUAUCUGCGGAGAGGGCUUCAGAAAUAGUUUCCUCUUUGAUAAGUUAUAUACCUCCUGAAGCUUUUGUGAAAAAUCAGAGUUAUGUAAAGUCUCUUGAAAAUGUGUACUCUAAGUAUAGUGUUGAAUCAUUAGAAGAAGCAAAAUGCAUUUUUAACACUAUAUUUGAAUCUGGUGUUACAGGAAUUUUAGAAAAAGAACUUUGGUAUAAAUUCAGGCAUCUUUCAGGAGAACUUUCAUUAUUUGAACAUCUCCAUUUAUUUAGAGAGGCAGUUCUCAUACUCCGUGUUGGUACUGUCACAUUUACUUACGUAUGCGUAAGUUUUGCUGAGUGCUGGGUAGUAGCAUCUUACAAAUUACCAGAUAACUCCAUUAAUGAGAGUGAAGGCUUAAAGAUGGUUGCCAAAAAUAAUGCUGCUAAUUUAUCUGAAAGUGUGGAAAAUUAUCCUGAAAUUGACAAAAGUCAAUAUCAGUGUGCAUCAGAUUCUGACUUUGUAUUAGAAGAACAUUCCAAUUCAAAUAAUCAAAAUGAAAUAUUUUUAGAAAAUGAAAAUUUAACUAAGAGAGUGUAUUUCUUACCAAGAACAUGGCGAUAUCCAGACGGUUCUCUGAAUAAACCUGCACUGAUAGAACUGUUAUCAGCAAUAUUGGGUUAUAUCAUCAGCUUACCAGGGAUUCCCACAUCUCGUGUCUGUGACAAAUUUUCUCAAGCUCUGCAACCAGUCCAUACUCUGGAACUAAUUGAAAUAUUAGAGAAAUCAUAUUGUAUAUAUAAAUAUUAUUGCAGGGUUGUUAAGAAACCUGGUUUGUUUUCAAAAGUUAGUGAAAUCUAUGUAACUCAAAAUCCAGAACCAGAUGAUAAAGACCAUUUAGAACCACUUCCUGAUGCUGUUUGUAAAAUGGCAAGGUUACAAGAACAUUUUCUAAAUCAGUAACUAAUCUUCAUGGAUUCUUCUUCUAAGUACAAACUAAUGAAAAUUCUUACUUGAAAAAAUUUUCAUAAAUGUACUAGCAAGUAUAUUUAAGAAGUAACAUUAUAAAUAUAUCAAACUUAUUUUUGUUAUUUCUUAUCUGUUGUACAUUUUGAAGUUGACUUUACAUGUAGAGCGAAAUAUUUAUCAAAAAUAUUAUUAAGGUAAUAAAAUAAAAUGUAGCAAUUUUAUUAUGUUGUUAUUGCAAUGUAUAUAAAUUCAUGCAUUGAAAUUUUAUAUAUUAUGUAAAUUGUAAACACUAGCACAAAACUUUUGUGCCUUCUAGAAUUUCUGAAUAUUGAUUUGUAUUUAGAUGUAAAUAGAUUCUUAAGAAGUGGGAAUUUUUUAAAAAUCAUGUAAACAUUUCCAUUCUGUUAUGUUUUUUAUUUUUUAUAAUAAUUCAUGUUAUCUGCCAUUACUAAUUCUGCAAAACUUUGCUAUUUCUGUCAUUUUGUAAACAUGUAUUUCUUCAGAUUUUCUAGUUUUAACUGUUUAAUACAUAAUUUGAAUUAGCUGUUUUUUGGUUUCUGUGCUUCCCUGUUAAUUGUUAUGCAUGGUCAUGUGAUCAUAUUUUCUUGUUCAGAUUCUAGGAACAAAUAGAUCUGUGCUUCGAUUCUUAAAUGAUUAAGUAUUCAGUUUUUAGCUUCCAGGAGUGCAUGUUCCAAGAAAGGUUAAAUAUUUUUUUAAACACGUACAGUGUUUAAUAUUUAUUGGUGACCAUAAUAUAUUUUAAAUUAUUAUUUUGUUUGGUAAAAUUACAUUUAUUUUUAAUCUAUAA